AUGCAGCCACUGGUCUACUUGGCUGUUCGAGGAUGGCUCGGAUGGAUUCAGUUCGUGGAACGAUCUAAAAGGGCGUUUUUGAACAGCUCUUUGGUUCUAGUUGCCGCUGGAGCUGUUCACUGCUGGGCAGUGGUUUACUCUCUCUUCGUCGCAGUGCACACUCGAGCCAUGCGUCAUUCCGGGUAUCACCAGGGCAGCGCAGAACAGCUUCCCCAGUCUGUCGCUUUGACAGAAACUUUGGCUGUCAGCUCUCUGUGGGUUUGGCUUAUUGCGGGCUUCACGACCGCCGCCGUUCGCAUGCUGGAUGAAGAUGCCGAUGGACUUCCAUUAGGAAUGGAAGACCUGAAAUGGGGGCCGAUUCUGCGUUUCAUCCGCUCGCCCUUCCUACAUAGUGCACUGGGGCAUGCUCAUUCAGUCAGCUGCGUGGGCCUGUUUGUCAGCAUCAUCUUUUUGUGCGCAACAAUGGCUGCUAUGAAAGGCGGUAUCACAGUCUGCGAGUCCUGCCUGGCUAUUGUGGCGAUCGGAUUUGCGGUGCCACAUAUGGUGCUAGCAGGCAGGCGACUGAGUGAGUCAGUUGAUCGUGCUUUAUCCGAAAUACUACCAGCAGACAGUUUUGAAGCGGCUGCAGCAGAGGCUGCCGCUGCCGGACCUCAACUGUGUGUGAUCCUGUCCCUAGCCGAUGCACCAGGACAUGCAUAUUGGUGGCAGAAUAUUGUGUACACCAUGGCAUCUAUGGCUUUUGUAGCUGCUGUGGUUGCUUGCGGUCGCUCUCCCUCGAAAUCUGCGAACGUUCCUUUGCCACCUGAGAAAGCCGAGACGUUGGUGUGCCUGCUGCUUGAUGCGAUGACCGCACUUUGCAUUGUCUUAUCUUAUCCUCACCUCAACACGUGGCUCUUGCGAAUUGCAGUGGUGGCUGUCAUCGCUUGUGCUGUGGCUGCACAGCACAGCCCCGUGCGGGAAAUUUAUUUGGAUUGGCUCGAGCCCAUCUUCGUCAUACGAAGUGACUCGCACAAGCGGUUGCCUCAUGGGCAACGACAGCUUCUUCGACAGAUUGCUUGGGUCGCUAGCAUUCUUUGCGCCACCGUGGCACUCUGGGACAUCGCUCUCCAUCCGUUGGCAGCCGCACAGGGCAAAGGGGCUGAGACUGCUGGUCAAGCCAUCAAGACUGAGUGA